AUGGCCGAUAAGAAGCGAACCGAACGCAAAGAGAAGAUUCGUCGAUGGCUUCAAUCGAUUAUUGAUCGACUAACAAAAGAUUGGAAACCAGCGCUAUGUCAAUCGUUGUUCACCGAAGCUGAACUCAUCGAGUUGUGUUACCGUGCCAGGGAGACGUUUUGGAGUCAGAAGACAAUGAUUGAGGUCACUUCGCCAGUACAAAUUUGUGGUGACAUUCACGGACAGUACGAGGAUCUCUUAGCACUUUUUCAUCUCAAUGGAUUUCCACCAACUAAAAAGUAUCUGUUUCUUGGAGACUACGUCGAUCGAGGACCAUACUCACUUGAGGUUAUAGUACUGCUUUUCGCAUAUAAAGUACUACAUCCUGAUGAUAUUGUUCUGCUACGUGGUAAUCACGAAUCUCGUCCGGUAAAUAUGCAAUAUGGUUUUUAUAUGGAGAUAAAAAAGCGAUAUUCAGCAACGUUAUACGAAUGUUUUCAAUACGCAUUUUACACAAUGCCAUUUUGUGCACGUGUUGAAAAACGUAUUCUUUGUAUGCAUGGUGGUAUUAGUGAAGAAUUGAUGGAUUUCAAACAGCUUGAAAAAAUUGAGCGGCCAUGCGACAUACCAGAUAUCGGGGUUAUUGCCGACUUAACAUGGGCAGAUCCUGAUCCGAACAUCUCUGGUUUCGAGGAAUCUCCACGUGGUGCCGCUCGUAUAUUUGGUGCAGAUGCAUUGAAGAGUUUCUGUAAAUUACACGGUCUUGACCUGGUGGUCAGAGCUCAUCAGGUUGUACAGGAUGGUUACGAAUUUUUUGCCGAUCGACAUCUUGUCACGAUAUUUUCUGCGCCCAAUUAUUGUGGACAAUUCGAUAACACAGCGGCAGUAAUGCUUGUCAACAAAGAAUUGAAUUGCACGUUUACGCUUCACAAACCAAUUUUGAAGAAAACGGCAACGGCAUAA